ACCCGUUCCCGUCCGGUGCGGUGACUGAAAAUACCUACCCGAGGAAAACAAACAAUUUUUAAGACUACUGUUUUUUAAAAUUUUUUAGCUGGUCUGUUUAUUUAUUUUCCCUUGAUGUAGAUUUUCUAAUUUUUUUAGUAGAGAAAGAAUCUACAGUGAGUUUCAAAGUUACUGGUUUACCUAUGAAUAAUGUUUGCUGAGAAAGUAAUAGAAUUACUGAAAGAAGCUGAAAGGAAUCGGGAUACUAUUGAUCCAUUUAACGAUGAUAAAAUUAGACAGAUUUUGGAAGAAAUGAAAUUACUCUUCAACCUAAAUAUGAAUGAUGCAAAUGCAUCAUCAGAUAACAAGUUGUUAUGGACCACGAUACAAGUAAGACAUUCAGCCUUAGAAAGAAACAAACGCUGUCUUCUCGCUUACCUCUACAGCCGCAUGGAAAAAAUUAAGACACUUAGAUGGGAAUUUGGCUCAGUAUUACCUCCCGAUGUCCGAGAAUUAUUAUCAGACGAUGAAUAUACAUGGUUCUCAAAAUAUUCAAUGAAUCUAGCAUCUUACAUGCGUUCUCUGGGAGCUGAUAUUGGCUACAAUGGUAUAGAUCUUACGGAAAAUUUAAAACCUCCUAAAUCAUUGUAUAUUGAAGUGCUUUGUAUGUCGGACUAUGGAAAGUUGGAGUUGGAAGAUGGUGAUGUGAUAAUGUUGAAGAAAAAUAGCAGACAUUUCUUACCUACAUCGGAGUGUCAGACAUUAAUAAGACAGGGUGUUUUGAAACAAAUAGUGUAAUAGUUACAUACAUACAUAAAAUCACGCCUCUUUCCCAGAGGGGUACGCAGAGCAUCAUAUUGUGGAUGAAGCGAAGGAAAUAUGCAGAGAUCGUGGCAAGUGGAAAGAGGUAGUCUCUGCCUGUAAUAGUUAAUUUAUUUUAAAUAUAUGUUUAAUGUUUCUUGUAAAAAUCUUGUUUAAUUUAAUGUCAGAUGUCAUUUGGUACUACCAAAUAUAGAAGUUUAAUAAAAAAAAAAUGUUUGUACUUGAGACUAUGUUUUUGUUGGUUAUGUUAACACUGAGGUUUAUUUGUACAGUUACCAGAUAGCUUUGAAAUC